AUGCCUCCGCGUCCCAAGCCAAUUCCGCUUCCUCGGAAGCAGUCCAAUGCAUCUAAAGAUGCAUCAUCGAUCAAAGUAACAAAGACAGAAAAAUACUCCAAAGCAAUGCCGCCUCCGCCAGUACCAGCUGCACCGAUGGGCAUAUUAGAACCGGAAAUAAACGCUUUGUCUGGAUGUUUGCAGAACGCAGCUGUAAAAACAGCUCAAAUAGUGCAAUUUCAUCAUGAUGCUCGCCAACUAAACGUUCGGAGACAUGCCUCGGAUCCUCCUCGUUCGCUUCAAGCGUCGCUAGGCCGUGAGCUCGAGAAGUAUGAUCAGCUUUGCGAUGCAAUUGAAACACAUUUAGUCCGUGCAAUAUCAGUCCUGCAGAGGGAUUUGAAGAAGGAACAACAGCGAAUACGAGAUGAAGAAAGGAUCGCUGCUGAAGCUGCUGCUGCCGCCGCAGCAAAGGCCGAGGCCGAGGCAGCAGCGAAUGCACAAAAUGUAUCAAUGUCACCACAAAUCACCCCUUCAGGAUCUGGAGAGUCUGUCAAUCCAAUCUCUGGUACCUCAACUCCAAUAGCAUCUACCAACCAAUCACCUGUGGCACACGCUACAGUUGGAGGGCGCAGACCUUCGGCUAUAUCCAUAUCUUCACUCAAUCGGCCUGCCUUCCCACUCAAACUCGAUUUGUCUUCUCAGUCUCUCCGUAUGUCGGCAGAAGAUGCCGUUUCAUUUCUGCCAUCCGGUCUACGUUCCCCUGUCACUCUCGCACCGAAGUCUGCGCGACCCAUCGACUAUGAUAUCAUGGCCGCAUUCAACGACCCUCGAGUCGACAUUGAUCUCACUCUCACACCGGCGGGCUCUUCGAGCGGCAUGAAUCUUGACCUAGAUUCAGCCUUGGGCAGCUCUGCGGACAAGCCCAUCGAUUUGGAUAUGGACGGCAUGGACUUGGAUCAGGCCAUGAGUGAUCUUUUUGGCGACUCUUCUGAACCUGACAAUACUGAAGCAAAUGCCGAUGGUGGAGGCCUUUUUUCACCUCAUCUUGGGACCACUGGCGAGAUUGGAAACUCGACCAACAGGGUCGAUGAUAACUUCCUUUCGUCUAUUGGGGUUGGCGGAGACAAUCCUAAUGCCGACAUCUUUGCUUCUUUCGGGGUUGGAGAAGGAGGGGAUUUGACCUCUCCUUCCGGGACAAUAUCUCUACCCUCAACAGAGACAUUAACUGCUCCAUCACCAGGGACUCUCCUUGCUAGUCUUUCGCAGUCAUCAACAAAUACAUCUCAAACACAAGGCUUGACUAUGGAUGAAUCCUUUGAUCUCGGGAAUCUAGGAAAUCUUGAAUUCCUCUCAACUGAGAAUAAUAGCGAUGUGAAUCUUGAUUCUCUCAGUUGGAUGGACACUACUGGCGGUAACAACGACGUCACCAAUGGGAAUCCCACCACUUCGACCUCAUGA